GGUGGCCGGCGAGCUGCUCUCCCGCCACGGCGCGUCAUGGCCUUUUCGGUGCCCGGCUACUCGCCCAGUUUCAAAAAGCCGCCCGAGACCUUGCGGCUGCGGCGGAAAAGGGUCCGGAGCCUUGGGGCCGACCUCUCACGCGGGGAGCGGCCCGAGCCGGCGCCCCGCCGCGCCGCGCUGGCGGCUGGUCUGCCCCUGCGCCCCUACCCGGCGGCAGGCAGAGGCGGCGGCCCGGGCCCGGCCGGGAGAAACCCCUUCGCCCGCCUGGACAACCGGCCGCGGGCCGCCCCGGAGCCUCACGGCGUGCCGUCCCGCGGCCAGCAGCAGGCGCCGGGCCCGCUUUCAGAUCCCAAUCAAGAAAAUGGCCUGCCCUGGGAAGAGAAGUUUCCCGAAAGAACAGCCGCUGCCGAGUUGCCGCAGACUUCACACAGAUCAUUCUCUGAAUCUGAUAUUCCAUCCUCAGAAAGUACAGAGUUACCUGUGGACUGGAGCAUUAAAACUCGACUCCUUUUCACCUCUUCUCAACCCUUUACCUGGGCAGAUCAUCUGAAAGCACAGGAAGAGGCUCAGGGUGUCAUCCAGCACUGCAGAGCAGCAGCAGUUACUCUGCCUCGGAGUAUACAGGACCCCAAGCUCUGCACUGAGCUUCGAUGUGCUUUCCAGCAGAGCCUUAUCUACUGGCUCCACCCCGCCUUUCCCUGGCUGUCACUGUUCCCUCGGAUUGGAGCUGACCGGAAACUGUCUGCAAAGACAAGCCCGUGGUUGAAUGAUGAAACUCUGCAGCACAUGUUAAUGAGUGACUGGUCUGUGAGCUUCACUUCUCUAUAUAAUCUUCUGAAGACAAAACUUUGCCCCUACUUCUAUGUUUGUACCUAUCAGUUUACUAUCCUGUUUCGUGCAGCAGGAUUAGCAGGACAUGAUGUAAUCACGGCUCUCAUGUCUCCUACAACUAGAGGUAUAAGAGAAGCUAUGAAAAAUGAAGGUAUUGAGUUUUCUCUCCCUUUAAUAAGAGAAAAUGGCCAUGAGAAGAAGAAAGCAUCUGGAACACGCUUGGGACAUGGAGAGGAGCAAGCAAUCAGUGAUGAUGAUGAAGAAGAAAGUUUUUCCUGGCUGGAAGAAAUGGGUGUGCAAGAUAAAAUUAAGAAACCAGACACACUCUCUAUCAAGCUGCGUAAAGAGAAACAUGAAGUACAAAUGGAUCACAGACCUGAGUCUGUUGUGUUGGUGAAGGGAACAAACACCUUUACAUUGUUAAAUUUUUUGAUCAACUGUAAGAGUAUAAUUGCAACUUCAGGUCCACAGGCAGGACUUCCACCAACCCUUUUAUCCCCAAUAGCUUUCCGAGGUGCCACAAUGCAAAUGCUUAAGGCACGAAGUGUAAAUGUGAAGACACAAGCUGUUUCUGGAUACAAAGAUCAAUUUAGUUUGGAGAUUACAGGUCCUGUCAUGCCUCAUUUUCUACAUUCUGUGACCAUGCUACUCAGAUCUUCUCAGAGUGGGUCGUUUGCUGCAGGACUGUAUACACAUGAGCCAACUGCUGUGUUUAAUGUCUGCCCCCCACUGGAUCGAAUACUGGAUAAGGAGACUGUGUGUGAGGAGCUAACUAAUUGUGGGUUGCACCCUAAGACUCUGGACCAACUUCGCCAAACACCAGUGCUGGGGAAAUCAUCCUUACGGAAUGUGGAAAUGAGUGACUACAUUUAUAACUGGAGAUCCUGAACACCAAAGCUCAACCAUGGAAGGAAAAACCCAUCAAG